UUCCUAUCUGCAGUGGGCCAUCCAACUGCCAACGCUGUGGAACGGGAAAAGCGCGAUAGCCACUGCUUGGUUUGCGCGCAACGGGCCUGUCUUGACUCUACAUUCCAACCCCAAGCGGUCCAUGGCGGAAGCAAGCUCAUCGCAGGCGGGACCCCCCGCCGGAGGAGAAACGAAACAUAAUGGAACAACGGAGAGUACAAAAUCCAACGCAGCAGACGGUGAUACGUUCUCUAAAGAAACUCGCGCAAAUGGGAAUACCAAGACGUCGCCCGCCGGGAAGGCAGACGGAACAGCUGCACCCACGCACGCGAGCCCGAAGAAGCGUCGCAAGGUCAAUCAUGCUUGCGUCUACUGUCGGCGAUCGCAUAUGACCUGCGACUCGGAGCGACCAUGUACGCGAUGUAUAAAACGCAAUAUCGGCCACCUUUGCCACGAUGAGCCCCGAGAGCCGUCGAAGCGGGCACGAAGUGAACACGAAUUGUCCGCAGCAGAUGAGGAAGGCUCGUCAAAGAACGAAUUUUCCAGCAGCCAAGGCAUGCCCAGCAAUCUCGACGUACAAGAUGCGACCGCUCAACAGCUACUUCCAGAUAUGCAACCACAUGGUCUGCCUCCUUCGACGGUGAAUCCCUCACAAUCGAUCCAACCGGGAAACAUUUCAAACAGCUCAGUGCUUGGGUAUAAUGAUUGGCCGGUCCAAAGACAAAGCCAGUUCCAGGACAUGCACACAUUUCAUCCUUCAUACAUGUUCAAUGCACCAGAAUUCACCAACGAAUAUAACCUGCUUAGUGAUUUUUUGAGUCACAGUUUACUUGAUGAUGGUGCUAUGUAUCAGGGCGAUGAUCUUCAGGGCCUAUAUUCCGACCCUUCACUGCUCAAUUCGAUGUCUCUGGCAGGGAACAAUUCUGGGUUUCUCCAGCCUCCGCAGCUGGGAGCCGCACAAAGCCAAAAUGCGGGGAAUGGGAUCCAACGUCCAAGCUCCACUGUCGGUAACGACAAAGCUAGGGAAACCUAUUACAUGACUGCGGCUGAUCCCUCCGGAACUGAUCCUCCGGAAGAAAGGAUGAACAAGCUACUGAAGGCGAAAUAUGACGCUGGAAUGUUGAAGCCAUUCAACUAUGUCAAGGGUUAUGCCAGGCUAAACCAGUACAUGGAACAACACAUGCAACCUGCAUCACGACAGAAGAUUCUUCGCCAACUGGAUAAAUUCAGGCCCAAAUUCCGCGAACGGAUGCAGAGCUUGACCGAUAUCGAGCUUGUGCUGGUGGAAAUGUGGUUCGAACGAAGUCUAAUGGAAUAUGAUCGAGUCUUUGCCAGUAUGGCGAUCCCCGCUUGCUGCUGGAGACGAACUGGCGAAAUCUUCCGCGGAAACAAGGAAAUGGCUCAGCUUAUCGACGUCCCUAUCGAGAAUCUAAGAGAUGGCAAGUUGGCUAUCCAUGAAAUCAUUGUCGAGGACCAGUUAGUUAGCUACUGGGAGAAAUUCGGCGCCAUCGCUUUCGACAACACCCAGAAAGCGAUGCUCACGAGCUGCACGCUGAAGAAUCCCGACGCCACCAAUCCUUCCCAAGGGAUCCCGUGUUGCUUCUCGUUUACCAUCCGUCGCGACACACAUAAUAUCCCAUCACUCAUUGUCGGUAACUUCUUACCGAUGCAGCGAAGUAGACGAUGAUCCUUGUCGAGAAAAAAAUAUAUAUAUAUAUAUAGAUACCCAAAACGCUUUAUGCAUAAUUGGCGCGUAAGGUCAUUGUGGGAUGUCGAUAUGGGUUAUCUUCCACUUACUAGGCGUUUGAUGCACCUUUCCUUACCAGCAUGAUUCUGCUGUGUUGAUUCUGGGACUAACAAUCCUCUUCCAAGGUUCCCGAAACCAUGUGUGCUUUCUACUUAUAUAUACCCCUUUGAAUAGUGCAUAUCUGCACUUGUUGCCAAGUUACAGUUGGGCUUGAGCCGGCUCUCUUUGGGCGUUCUGUAUAGCAUGUGUUCUGUUCUUAUCUCUCUGUAGAUAUUUGAUACGUACCAAGAGGCUGCAUGCGUCAUUGUCGAUAAAACCAAUUUCCGCUUCUAGCCUACAAGGAAUCAAUUGAGUCAGAGCUAUUGGAAAUUUCACAACAUCAAAGUGUCAUCAA